AUGCCGAAAUCUAUGAACAAAGUCCAAAAACACAUUUCCAAAAAGAAAGGAGCGCUUGAGGCCAUGCACGAGAACAGCAGAGACGCAAAGCUACUGCGGAGGGCUGGCGCAAGAGACGAUCGAGUUGCGCGGGUUUCAGCAAGCAUGGCUAGGGGAAGGCAGUCUUACGUGGAUCGCAUUACCUUUUUUCAAGAGGCAAUUCCGGAGGGAGCGACACCCUUCUCUGAUAAAGACUUGUCCGAUCUCGUCACGAGAUUUAUAAAUCGCAGUGUGCCUGAGAUCGAACAAGAACAAAGUGAGCGGAGAAAGGGUCGCCCGCCGAGCAAGAGAGAAGAAGCGCUGGUGCAACGAACAGAAGUCGAGGAUAAAGAGUUCAAAACGGGGUUCUGGAUGCCUGAUUUGACACAGGAAGGCGUCGUGCUAGCCCUUUCCAAGUGGAAUGGAAACUGGUCUGGGCUUAGCACCGUGAAGUUCAUCCGUCUAACAAAGGAUGGGGAGAAGCAAGCUUCAACAUUUCCACCUAAGGGCCUAUCAUGA